CCAAAGUUUUCCCUCAGCGGCCCGUGGCCAGCCUGGUCCGGUCCCUGAGUCUUCCCUGUCUCCGCUCGCCAUCCCUCUCCCAAGCCGCAAGGUGGGCUUAGGUGUGCGGGCUGCCCCAGGAGCAGCGCAGGCGGGCGUCCCAGCCCACUCGUUUUUCUCGGGUAGAAAGUUGUGGCCUGGAGCUCGUGCUGCGGCUCUGAUCCCUUAAGACCUUUUCUGCGGUCGACACUAAGUGCAGUGGCAGGAAAGUACUCCCAUCCCCGGAGCAAGGUGUCCCCGAACUCCCUGGAGGGGUGAAGAGAUAGCAGGUGCAGGCCUGGGGAGCUUGGGGGAGGGUCGGACUGUAGUGCGCCCUCUGGCUCCCAGGGUGAGGACCAAGUCGCCGGCCGGCGGCGAGCCCAAUCCCCUUUGGGUUUCAGAGUUUAAGGGCGCGUGGUGCUUUGCGUACUUCCCCCUCUCGGGUUUCUUGUCCCUUCCGGAGCUGGUGCCUGAGGUCGCUGGAGGCCGAGCUAGGCAGGUGCUUUCAAAAGACGGCCUGGCCACUCGUGUAUAUAGAGUGCUUACUCUGCACCCAGCUUUAUCUCCGAGUGCGCCUUGUUAGGCAGCAGAGUGGUGAUGACCCGACAGGGACAGAUCUCCAGCCACUGGACAGACAACUACUGUGCUUCAGUGUCAGGCUCAGCACAAGGCUUCUCAACGGUGCGCGCGCUUUAGUCCCAAGAGUCUGGAAAUCAGGGCAUUAGAAACGAUUCUUCCUGAGAGGAGAGGCCAGGGUUACAGUAAGGCCUCUACUUCUGAUGAAAAGAGGAGGGAAGAAUGGACUACACUCACCAAACUGCCCUAAUUCCAUGCGGACAAGACAAGUACAUGCCCAAGAGUGAACUUCUCCUACAUUUAAAGACAUACAACUUGUACUAUGAAGGCCAGAACCUGCAACUCCGACACCGAGAGGAAGAAGACGAGUUCAUUGUGGAGGGGCUGCUGAACAUCUCCUGGGGGCUGCGCAGGCCCAUUCGGCUGCAGAUGCAGGAUGACCACGAACGCAUCCGUCCCCCACCAUCCUCCUCCUCCUGGCACUCCGGCUGUAACCUGGGUGCACAGGGCACCACACUGAAGCCCCUUACCGUGCCCACUGUCCAGAUCUCAGAAGUGGAUAUGCCCGUUGAAAACAUGGAGACGCACAGCCCAACAGAUUCCAGAGGCCUGAAGCCUGUGCAGGAGGACACCCCACAGUUGAUGCGCACACGCAGUGAUGUUGGGGUGCGCCGCCGUGGCAAUGUGAGAACAUCCAGUGACCAGCGGCGAAUCAGACGCCAUCGCUUCUCCAUCAAUGGCCAUUUCUAUAACCACAAGACAUCAGUGUUCACACCAGCCUAUGGCUCUGUCACCAAUGUCCGCAUCAACAGCACCAUGACAACUCCGCAGGUCCUGAAGCUGCUGCUCAACAAGUUUAAGAUUGAGAAUUCGGCAGAGGAGUUCGCGUUGUACGUGGUCCACACCAGUGGUGAGAAGCAGAAGCUGAAGAACUCUGACUACCCCCUGAUUGCCCGCAUCCUCCAGGGCCCCUGUGAGCAGAUCUCCAAAGUUUUUCUGAUGGAGAAGGACCAGGUGGAGGAGGUCACCUAUGAUGUGGCCCAGUAUAUAAAGUUUGAGAUGCCAGUCCUUAAAAGCUUCAUUCAGAAACUCCAGGAGGAAGAAGACCGGGAGGUGGAGAAGCUGAUGCAAAAGUACACGGUGCUCCGGCUAAUGAUUCGGCAAAGGCUAGAGGAGAUAGCAGAGACCCCUGAGACUAUCUGAGCCAUGGGAAUAAAGGCAAUCCAGACACUCCAGGGCCCGAGGCUGACCUGAGAAGACCCAUGGGAAGCUAGACACUGUCCUUCCACAGAAACGUUUUCACACGAACCUUGCAGCCCUCCGAAAGCCAGUACUGCUCCUACAGUAGGACCUACAAGCAGCAGACGGCUCCCCAUCUCUGGAUCCCUGCUCCUCUUGGUUUCAUUCUGAAAGACCUUCAUCCUAAGGAGGACCCACAAUGUGUAUGCUCACAUACCUGAGUGUGCACAUGUGUGCGUAUGUGCGCUACACACGCAAGCGUGCAUAUGUGUACUUACUAUGUCCAUGCGCCUCCCUGAUGUUCUUACAUUUGGUUAAAUUCUGAGCAGGUGCCGUGAGGCUGGCGCACAAACUGCUUCUGCGCAGGAGGAACGGGGGGUGACUGAGGCUUCUUGCCUCUUCCAGUGCCAACGGCAGCCACACAGAUCUGACAGGGAAGAGGAGGCCGCGGGCUCACCGUUUGGAACGCCUGAAGGUUUAUAGCAGAGAUUGUUCUCAUUUGCCAAGGAGGAUGGGUGACCCUGAGAUCUUUGGGAAUUAGUCAAAGUGACAACCCCACGCCCUGGGGGCAAGGCCAAUGAAAUGGCAAAGCAAGAUCACCUUGGGGCAGAUACACUGAGUCUGUGAGUUUUUGCACUGGAAAGGUUAUCGUUGUACAAAGCACAAUUAAUGUCCUGUCCUAUGUGGACCCCUGGAAAGAAGGGAUUCUGAUUUUGUUCUUGGCUUUGUGGAUGCUUCUGGGUAUUUCUUCUCUCCAGCUGACACUCGAAUUCAUUCUGACCUGCUCAUGUACCUAGACCGGGUGUGUGCUGGGAUAAAUGGCACUCGUAGACUGGAGGGAAGGUCACAGGUGCCACCAUCACAUCAGUAAGAGUAUCCCCCACGUGGAGCUGGGGCAUUGUGUUUGAAAUUACAUGGUUUUCUUUCCGGCCUUUGCACACUUGUAAGCUCCUUCACUUUAUACAUGGAGAUGGAUUCCAAGAAUGGAGACCUGUCCUGUUCACUCAACAUAGGGAAGCUCUUUGGGGAGUUCCAUGCGUGUGGGCAGAGAGGAUAGUGCUUGCUUAGCCUUUGAGAGGCCAUGGUUUUUAGAACCAGUCUCAUUGGCAGAAAAGAGCAGGGAUGAUCCUGUAGUCCCUCCAUUUGGGACGCUGCCAUGUAGCUGGUCACCUGAGUGACUUGUACCAUUUGAGGUUGGACAGAUGGAUACUAGGGCCUUGCUGCUGGUCUAUGAAACUCGACCAAGCAAGAUGAGCAGCCCGUAACUCAGGCAUCUCUGAGUCUUGCUACAACAGGAUGCCCUUUCCUACCUGCCCUCAAGAAAGCUCUAGAAGCAUGGCAGCUAAGGGCCCUGACCAGUGUGCCUUUUAAGGAAGGUGGAACUCUGCCGCAGAUAUCUUCCUGGGUAGGAGUGUUACUGUCCUUCACUCUCCUCAGAAGGUUCACGGCUGUGGCCUCACUGUGGUCAGCCAUUUUGCUGGGUAUCAUUUAGCACCCUAGCUCCUCUUCUAGGGCAGCACAAUGCAUCCCAUGAGCAGUGGGAUGGAAACCCAGUGGUUCUUAGUCUCUAUCACAGACUCCAAAGACAGCAAAGCACAGAGCUGGGGCUGGGGAUGCAGCUCUCCUUAUGAGCACAACUGAACUCAGUGGGCAACUGGGGUGGGGGUUCCUUUACUACAGACAAAGAACAGCUUUGUGAAUGCAAAUAUCUGAGAAAGUUUGAUUUGGAUAAUUUCUCUCCCAGUUAUCUUUAUCUUGAAUGUUCAGAGCCUAUGUUGAUCCACACUUCUCCCUCGGGAACUUGGGGGGUUUCCACGGAGCACACUAACUGACUGGGAAGUUAUUUCUGAUUUAUGAAAGCUCAGUGUGAUAGUGUCAACACGUGACUGUUUCUGAGUGUCAGGUUGCCAGGCUCUCCAAGGUGGUGGUGCCAAGGUAGAUGGCCUUUAAAGUAUGGGGUUCAGAAAGGGAGUUGGGGUCCAUGCUCACUAAUCCAUCUCGGCACAUCCCCUAAAGAUCAUUUCUCACACCCAAAGAACUAAUUAGGAGUUUUUAGGAAAUUGACUGGGGCUGAGACUCAGUGGUAGAGCAUUUUCUAAGUGUGUGUCAAAAGUAGCACAGUCUAACACACACACACACACACACACACACACACACACACACACACACACAAGUAAAAAGAAAAAAAGGAAGCAAGCAAGCAAGCAGCCGUAGCCCAGUGGUAGAGGGGUUCUUGGAGUGUUAGGGCCUGGUGCCUGAAACCUGCACCAAGCUCCACUCUACCCUGUGAACCUGGGAAACCUUUGACAGAGCCGCAGCAGAACAGACCACUACAGUGGCGACCGGAUUUUCUUGCUGGUCUCACUUCGCAGCUUUGAACUCCAAGACCGAUCGAUUAGUGUGGGCUUACGUAAUUGAGCGCAAUGGACCUGAAAUCGGGAGGAAUAAAAGACUAAUGCAAGGCAGUGGUGGGGGUGUUAAUCCAACAGGUGAAAAGUGGUUCGCCUGCCUCUGGACUCUUCCCCUCCCCUGCUCUCCACAAAGGCUUAUGUUACAAGGUGACCAAGUGAACACUGGCGUCGGUCUGAGGGAGGUGGUGAUGUCAGGCAUAGGUUCGCUUUCUUGGUGGCCAGGUUAGUGGGGAGGUGAGGCCUCACAGCAGGUGGGGGUGUUAGUUGGAAAGACCAGCCAUGCCUGUGCUACUGAUGAAGGGCACACUGCUGACACACCGGACAAGUGCAGCUUGGAGCCGAGGCUGGGGAGAGACGACCUCAGCAGGACAGUGGCGCAGCCCAAGACCGGGAUGUUGGCCUGAGGCAAGCUGAUGGUUUGGGAAGAAAUAUUCACAACUUUCUCCUUUCCUAUUUCUAGAAACUUCCAGAUAAAGAAAUUUUAUCAGUGCCAUAUGAUGGUCCUCCAAUAUCUGCAAAAGCAUCUCGGCAAGGAUUGUGUUUUGUGGUUUUGAGUGUGUAUUUGAUGUCAGGAGGGUAGAUAAGGAAUCUGGUCAAACAGGGCAAGAAGCAUUCAAGGAAUGACAGAAACAGCGAAGCCUCAAAGCAAAACCCAAAUUCUGUUUGAAGCUUUGUAACAUGGAGAACUUGGGGUUAGGGAUACAUUUCCAAGAAAGAAAUAUGUCCGUGACCAAAGGAGUUUUAAUGUCCCACAGGAAUAAGCUUGGCCCUGUGUGAGGGAGGAGGCAGGAGGCUGUCCUAGCUCACUUACUCCCACAGCACUGCCUGUUUUAAAGUUUCUUACUUAACUUGUUUUCUGUAAAGCCUGGCUUCCGCCAGAUAGGAGAGCAUCUAUAAACCUGACGUGACAUCCCCUCUCUCAGACAUAAUUGAAAGUGUUCACCAUAUCUUGGGUUACACCUCCCACCCUUCCUCCUACUCCCAUGAAACUGAGCACAGAGGUGCUUAAGCUGUGAACUUUUGAGAAGCCUUAGUUUCCAGGACGCUGGGUUCUGGGGGUACUACUAGUGUUUCUUCAGUUUUCCCUCUUAGUUGGGUAGAGUCUUUUUUUCCUCGUCAUAACUUGCGUAUUAGGAAUGGUACAUGACUUGGUUCAACUGUCGGUUAUGAACUGAAAAAUCGGAUGUUAGGGCAUCUUAACACGAUUGGAUGAGGCCUCAGUGGGGAGCCAUGGUUUUGCAACCUUUUAAUUUUGUCUUAGACCUUAUUUAAAUAAAGCACUUUUAGAAGCGA